AUGAAAGCCAUGAAGGGCAUCGGCAUGAACAAGAUGCUAGGCACCAUUAAACGCCGGGCCACCGGGAGUAUCACCGGGCCCGAGGAUACCCCAGGUCCAGAAGGAGAAGGUCCAGAGGCCAUGGCCUCCCACGCCGUAAAACAAUUUUGCAUUGCAGGCAGCUCCCCGAAUAGUCAGCCUGGCGAUGAGGUUCUCCACCUCCCCACCAUUGUCGAUGCCGCCGAAUCCUCCCCGCCGCCUCAGCUGAGUGCGCCAGGCUGA